AUACGGUCGGCAGCAUCGGAGCGGGAUUGGUGGUCCUGCUGGGCGUGGCCGCCAGCGACGACGAGGCAGACGCACGGUAUCUGGUGGACAAGACGGCGAAUCUUCGCAUCUUUGCCGACGAUGAAGACGGUUCAACCGGUCACGCUGGACGUGGCCGCCGAGUUGCUGGUGGUGUCGCAAUUUACGCUGUACGCGGACACACGGCGCGGCAGGAGGCCCGAUUUCACGCGGGCCGCUGAACCCGAUGACGCCCGGAGACUCUACGGGCGAGCGGUGGAAAUGUUCCGUGAGACGGGGUUGACGGUGGCGACCGGGGAGUUCCAGGCGUACAUGCAGGUGCGGUUGCAGAACGAUGGGCCGGUUACGCUGAUGCUGGAUAGUGAGGAUCGCAACCGGCCACGGCGGGGAUGA